AUGCAUCCAAGUGAUGCGACUAUUCGCGUUCGUUCCGCUCGUGAAGAGCCACCGAGAAAAUGGUCGGCGCAUUGCAAAUGCUUUCGGAAUAAUCGUAAAGCUUUCAGUUUGUACUGCUUAGUCGGAGUCCCGAGAUGCACGUGCCCGCCCCCAACGACUAGUAAGGUUAACACGAACCUUCCCCAGAACAGGUAAAGCUCUUCCAGACAUUAUUAGCAAGACAGAACAUCUCAUUUUUCCAGACCGUCAGAGUCUCAGCCGCUGAAUCCGGAGCAGCCGUCCACUCGUCCUACGUUUGUUGAAUGGGUAAUGGAUAAGCUAUUUCGCCGCUAAACUCUCCUCCCCUAACCGAACGUUUUUUUGAAAAGAGCAUUUCUCCUUUUCGACAAUUCAAUGAGGACUACUACAAAGUGGUUCCCAUCUUCUUCUUUUUCUUCCGUUCUCGUCUUCGUCCAGUCGUCCUAAUGUUGGCCACUUUGGAGAGUAAAAAAGCUCAUUUUCAGUGAAAAAACGUAUCGCCACAUUGAAAUGUAUUCUUGGCUUAGGUCCCCCUCUUCCAAAAAAGGCGAGAAAAGCUGGGCGGUGCACUCGUUUUCCACUUUUUCCCGCCGCGCGUUCCAUAAUACCCGGAAAUUCAGAAGACUUUUUCUUCUUCCUCUUGCUCGCACGUAUUUUGGAAUGAAAAUGGAGGAGCAGCCAGCUGCACACUGCGCGGUGUUGUACUAAAAACGGAAGAGGUGACAUCCUUCUUUAUUAGCCCUCGAGAUGGUUGCAAUCUCGCUCCGUCAGACUCGCUGAAAAACAACAAAUAAUCAAACUUUUCAUUCCUCAAAGACGAACAGCUCUGUUGCUCUCAAUUGUACAUCAAUCUCAGUGCAAUGAAGGCGUCUUUUCCCAGGCACGGCCCUGCGCACCACGCUUUUCAUUUCAUUCUCUUCCUGUCGCAUAUGAGCCUAUUUUUAUCCAAACCUCCUGCUUCUAUCUCUUCAACUAUUGAGGAAAUUCUGGGCCCACGUUUUUAGCCUUUUACGUUUGAAACAUACAAAUUUUGUUCUUUUUCUUCCUCUAAAAGCAGUAAGAACCGUCCCUUUUCACUCUUCCCCACGGUUCGCAGAACAAAGCGUGAACUUGAAUGCUAUUGUUCAAUUCGAAUUGUGCAGCAACAUGAGAUGGAAAAGUUUGUUGAUUGUGAUUGUUACAUUGUCCAAUGAUUCAUGCCCCUUCUCCUGGUUUCUUUCCUAUUCUUUCCUAGUUGACAAACACGUCGACUAUCGACUUUUCACUUUACAUGUAAAAAAUUUUGCACAAAAUGCGAAUCGGUGGUAAACGCUAUAGUUUCUCCAAGAUCGUUAGUUCCUCUCCGACCUGCUGUUCAAUCGCAAUAAUUUGUUUUUCAGGCGCGUCGUACGAUGAAUCGGUACUCGGACAGAGUUGGAAAUGGGAUUCUCAGCGUGGUCGCCAACGUGAACGGAAAUGGGAACGUGAGCGCCAACAACCCGAGACCACAGGUACCUUUUUUGCUGGUUAUUACAGUAAUCUUAGGGGUUUCAGGAUGAUCGCCCGCCGAUGGUCGCUCAGCUUCCGCCUCUCGUUCUCAAGAACUGCAGAAGCAUCCGUGUCGGAAAAUGCUGCGAGGCGGACCUAUACAACCUGCGUCUGGAAGACGUGCUGGAGUACGUUCGCCACUGGGAUGAGCAUGUUGCCCAAAUCAUCGCUCACGCUGAGCUCCAUGGUAGUGACUUCAGCUUCAAGUUGGUCUUGCUCGAGAUCUUCGAUGAGCCGUUGAACAGACGCAUUCUGACGAAUGUCCCAAUGCGAAGCUUGACGGUUAGAUUUAGGUUUAUUGGACUACUGAAACAUCCGAAAACUGUUCAGGGAAUCAUCAAUCCGGCUAAGGAGUGUUUCGCCAUUGCCAUUCUCCAGGGUCUCGUUGCCUGCCCACCGUUCCUGCACUUUGUCGCCAACAAAUCCCCAGUUUCGGUAUAGACAAACGGCAAAACAUCCCACAAACCUUUUUUCCAGAAUCUUGACUACUACGUGCGCGGUUUCAUGGCCCAAUACCUCACACGCUUCCGUCACAUUCACAUUUCGUCGAUUCUCUACGAAGUGCUGCCAGAUUACGUCGUGCAAACACAGGAUGACGCGAAGUAUUUCUAUGAGUGAGAAAACAACUGCUACCGUUUAUAACUCCAAGUGUUUCCAGAAACUUCUCGCAUGAAUACUUCGACGACAAACUUGCCAGAGUCAAAUCGAGCAUCCGCUUCAAGUGCACAUACUGCGAAGCGAUUACCAACUGCAAUGCAAAUGUAUGUCAGAAAGUGCAGGCCUUAGUGGAAACCGUGUUGAGCUUUGUUUUUGCAGGACAGCUACAUCACUCUCAACUGGCCGGAUGAUGACCGCGACACUCCGACCGACAUCACCGAGAUGAUCGAUGUGACUCGCAGAGCAAAAUACGUCACCAUGAACUGUGACAAAUGCGUGAGUAACUGUUAAGUAAGGCUUUCAUUUAGUCAAUUAACCGAUUCCAGGUGUGCACCAUCUUCAAGAACACAACGAUGUACAAGUUCUCGGACAUUCUCUGUGUCGACGUGUGCCCGUAUUACUACGACAAGAGCAAGACCGACAAGUGCGGGUACCAAGACGGAUCCCCUCUAGAGCAGUUCAGACUCCGACAGUCGCCGAUUGAGUUUCACGAAAUCCAGGAUUUCGGACCCUUGAGCAACUCGGAGUUGCCGCAACUGUACAACCUCGCCGCCGUUGUUUACUACGAUGGAAAUAUCGAAAGUGGAACUGGCCACUAUACGACGCGCGUUUUCCACAAAGGGGUGAGCAAAAAAGAAUUAGCGAAUGAGAAAAACAAUUAUCCAAUUGUCACUUACAGUACUCCUACAUUGCCGACGACAAAUACGUGUCUUCCGAAACGAUCGUCAAUGGUGAGCCACAGAAAAUGAAUGGCGUGCCUUGUUUCAUCAUCUACUACAAAACGGAACUCGAGAAUUUGAGCAACACUGACAAGGCUCUGCAGCGCCCUGUCGCUCCGACGAAGGAAAAGGGGAAGAAACAGAAAGAGGAAGAGGAGGAGUUUGUAAGCAUCAUACGGAACCGCUGACUGAUUGGGCGACUGAUAGUUUCAGGAUCCGCUGCAGCCAGGACCAUCAAAGCGUUAA